GCAGUGAUUAUAGCCCCUGGUUUAUUCUUGCUCUUGUUAGUGGUUGUCCUCUUCUCUACACAACAUGCUGCUUGGUACUUUUCUGCUGUUCUUCUCCUCUGUGAGCACAGUCAAAUCCCAGAUUACAAACUUGCUUGAAUAUUCCACCACGAUCACUACUACAAGGAAAGUAACAGUACCUCCUGUGUUGGUGCGGGCCAAACCGGACUACCAAGUUGUAGCAGGUCGAACAGUCGAACUGUACUGCGAUGCUUACACCAUACAGCGCUCCAUCCGCUGGUCCUGGCAACAUCUAGAGAGUGAGACCUGGCGAGAGGUGGGCCACAGUAAGAACCUGAACCUCACCGAGCCAAACCAAAGCGGGCCGUACCGCUGCAGGGCUGAGAAUGAGUAUUCCCAGAGUAUGAGCAACAUCAUCACAGUCUAUAUCAUCCCCAUGCAGCCAACAGAGAAUUUCGGGAUCGCCGGCUUCGUUCUUUCUCUCCUGGCCUUGAUCGUCAGUCUGACUGUUCUGUGUUGGCUGGGCUGGGAAAGAUUACGUGGCAAACUGCCCCCCUCGAACACUGCAGCUAAAGGUUUUCCUGCACCCGAAAAGGCACAAAAGGGAGGUCUCCCAAAUAAUGAAGGCGACGGAGGUGUGUACAUGAAUUACACAAGCAACAACCAAGACUACAGUAAUCUGGACCCCGUCAAUAUGACAGGGGACAAUAUGUACUCAAGUCUGUCAUGAACAGUCAGGGGAAGGUGAGACGUGCAAUAAAAAGAGGAAGAACGAUUUUCAUUUAAUAUCAGCAUGUAGCGCUCAUCAUUCUGUUUGACCUGAUAGAUACGGUUUGCCAUAUGAUGUCAGUGUGUACUUUAAAGUUAAUAAACGCAAUUGGAACAUG